CGCCGUAUUUGGGGGACGAUGCCGACUCGUUCCGAGACUUUCUGCUUUCCCAGCUGACACCUAGCGCUACCCUUCCCCGCUUGCUGGCGUGCGGGAAGGCUGCGAUGGCUCGUUUGCUCCCCCGGGCUGCUCCGUGCCUGACUGGCUGAAGCCUCUCCACGGCAGCCGCCUCAACGCCGCUGGGCGGGAAGCGGGAAGGCCGCUGCCGCCUCACCUGCGACCCCCGCCUUGCUCUGUCUGCCCGCCAAUCAGAAUGCGGAUCCCGGUGAGCUCGCGUGUUGAUUGGAGGGAGCCGUCGUCAGUCUGCAAGAGAGGGCGAGAGAGUAUAAAAGAGAAAGCGAAACUCCGCUUGAGGGAGUGCGAUGUUGGGGACAAGUUCUCCCAUCUGCCUCUGCGCAAGGCCUCGGUGCUGCUGCCGCUGCUGCUGCGGGACGGCGUGCUGUGCCUGCUGCUCACCGUGCGCUCCGUGCAGCUGAGAAGAUCACCUGGGGAGGUGUGUUUUCCAGGAGGUAAAAGGGAAGAAAGGGAUAAAGAUGAAAUUGAUACUGCUCUCCGGGAAGCCAAAGAAGAAGUGGGACUGCAGCCGGAGAAGGUGGAAGUCAUCUGUAGGCUUGUGCCUGGGAUUGAUAAAAUGAAUCAUUUGAUAACACCAGUUGUAGGAUUUAUAGAGGAUACCUUCCAGGCCUCUCCUAAUCCAGAUGAAGUGAGCGAUGUUUUUGUUGUGCCACUGGAGUACUUCAUCAAGCCCUUAAAUUACGUGGCCUUGCCGUUUAAAAACUCAUCUGGUUACUUAAGCUGGAUGCACUGCUUUACAUAUGAUGACCACGAACGUAAAAAGUCAUUCAAGAUAGGGGGACUUACUGCACAUUUUGCUGUAUUUCUUGCUAUUGUAAUUUUUAGGACAAAACCCACCUUUGAAGUUCAUUAUGAUCUUGACAACUUAAUUGCAUCUGCUGAGAAUGGUUUUAUGAACUUGUAUGCAUCCAUAAAGGAAAGAAAGAAGAGUAGUCUAUAACAGGCUGGUCUGAUGGUCUCUUUUAAAGGAGGAAAAAGGUUUGGGCUUGUUUUCUUUGUAUCCAUUACUUGACUGAAUUUCACAUUUGCAUUCCUGCUGAAUUGGAAAACAUUUUUUAAUAAAACCGAGCUGUCGAUCACUAACUAGAUUCAUAAAUUUUACCUGGUUUUGAGUUAUCAAAAGCACACAGUACUUUUUUUUAUCAUACAGGUUUAGAAGGUCAGGUUCAGUUUCUGCCUUUGUUUUGUGUGAUUUGAGGCUGACUUUCUGUGCCUUUCUUCCAUUUAAUGAAAUAAAACUUUUGAUUUUUGCCUGUUUGAAAUAGAACAUAAAAACUUUUUGGAAUCUGUCCACAUCUUACUAUAUGCCAUAUUGCAUAUCUUCAAUGCAUACACUCUUGUUUGCUAUCUUUAACCACUUGAAAAAAUGCAUAGUAAAAAUAUGAAAGGUG